CGAUACAAGAUACGCCACAGACGUUUUUUGAGAUUACAUGACAAAUGGCCACCGAAGUAUGAAACCUAAAAUGACUCAUACUGCGUCAAACUCAAAUAUUGAAAUCUUUCAAAGGUAUCAAUCAAAAACGCUCAGGAUUAUAGUGAACGCACCAUGGUAUGUUACAAAUGAAAGAAUUCAUUAUGAUCUUGCCAUAAGAAAAGUCAAAGAUGAAGUAAUCCAUCGAGCUAAAGCCUACUGUGUAAGAUUGGAAGGUCAUCCGAAUAACCUUGCUAAGCAUUUAAUGGACAACCAAAUAACCACAAGAAGACUCAGAAGAAGAGUGCCCCAAGAUCUACUAGAUCUACUGUGGAUUAAUUGAUAUGGACAUAUCGAUGGACAUUGUGUAUGCACCGCCUAAGAAAUAGUUUUUCUCAAAAAUACGGCUGAAUGUCUUAAGACAGCUUACCGUAUAGAAUUUAAAAAAACAUUUUCUCAGCGGUCCCCAUGCGGUCGUGCAGGCUAGGCGGUGCAAGUAUAAAUAAAACAUUGACGUUAGUCUGACGGUGUAACCGGUACAGUGCGGUGUACUUUGUCGAGAGAUGCUUGCUUUCUCACGCAGUGCACAACGUACUUAACUAAUCCAAGUCGACGGUGGACAAACAAUUUGAAGCUCAAGCCGAAGCCGAAUGUAUUGCAAGAUUACAAAACGGAUUUUUCGCGUUUAACAUGAAAAAGUGAUAUGUUUGUUCUAAUCACGCGAUAAAUAUCUCUGAGUGUAAAGGAACGUGAACGGCAAUUACAAUUUCCAAUAAUUUUCAGACAGUAGUUUAUAAUGAUCAACAAUUUUCAUUACAUUUAGACGUAAGUAUGUUUAAUUCAGACGUCAGAAAUUGUGAAGUUAAUAAAAGAGAUACCUCUGAAUGAAUUAGGAAUCUCGUAUACGAUUUGCGAAAACCUUCGAGUGCUUUGAAUAAUAUCCACUAAAAUAUCUCAUUAAAAUAAAUUAAACAACAGACCACGUCGAAGAAUGAUUCUUAUAUAUUUGAAUUUCUAUCAAAACAACAACAACGGGCCACUCAGUCCGGCAGAAACAGUAUUAAACUGUCGAGUGUAGAUUUUUUCGGCUGUAGAUAACGUGCUCAUAUUAUCUCACUUGAUAUGAUUUGAUCAUCAACUGACGUAGACGUUACAUGGAUGACACUCACAGCUUGAGAUGUGAGGCCAGAAUUACAAUUAUCUCAAGAUAUUGUAUUAACGAGUGCCCCACCCCACGGACCAAGACGCAGUGCUGUUUCGCUGUUUAACUAAAUUAAUAUUCAAAUAUUGGCGUAGUUUUUCUUUACGGCAGUAAAUAAAGCAAGAUGCUGCUCGCGAGGAGCUCAGUGUAGCGGACAGUGUCGGUCGCUAGCUAGUGCGUUUUCAAUUCUAUCUGAGACGGCUGAGUUUACCUUCUGUAAUAUAACUAAUUAACUAUAAUAAAAAUUUUACGAUUUAUAUGAAUUAGACGACCAAAGUAAUCGAGUGAUUUAUUUUUCUUUAGUACAUUCGACCGUGAAGUUGUUUGGAAACGAAUUUGAAUAUGGCCCGAAAUGAAGGUACCUUUUAUUGAUUAGUAGUGAAAUAAACAAUUUUCCCAUAGGUAUAUUAAAAUGGCGGUGACUGGCGAAAAUCUUAAUCUAUUCUACGAAAAAGGGAAAUUGUUUACAAGUAACCGAGUGCAUUUCAGGUAGAUUGAUAAUUAUAACGGCAAUAGCCGGAGUGACAAUAUUGGCUGCGGCACUAGUCACCAUGGCCCUGGAUCCCAUACAGCUUUUAAUCAAUUAUAAUACCCGCGUCACCAACAAUUCAUUUAUGUUCAAUAUGUUCCAAAAAGAGGUGGAUGGUGCCCAUUUGUCUUUAUACGUAUUUAACGUGACCAACGCUCAGGAGUUCAUGACGGGAGAAGAUCACAGUUUAAAUGUACAAGAAGUUGGACCGUUUACUUACGCAGAAAUAAGGCAGAACAUUGAUAUAGAUCUGGACGAGGAGGCCGGUGAGCUGGAGUUCACGCCGAACAUGAAGCUUCGCUUUGUGCCCGAGCAGUCGGUGGCCAGACCUGAAGAUGUUAUCGUCACCGUGCCCAAUCUGGCUCUCUUGAGUGUGGCUUCAUUGGUGAGCUCCUUACCAUUCUUCAUUAGGAAUACAUUUAAACUGCUGUUCUCCACCCUCAACUGCAAGUCCAUAACGACCAUCGACGUAUACAGCUUUCUAUGGGGAUACAGUGACCCUCUGAUCUCGCAAGCCUACAACAUCGUCCCUGGAAUCGUCUACUUUGAUAAAUUCGGGAUCAUGGACAGACUCUACGACAACAAGACCAUUUACAGAAUGAGGGUGGGAAUCCGUGAUGAAGACAGGUUCAGCAUAAAAACUCUAAAGAAAUACAUGAAAAGCGAUAACUGGAUGAAUGAAAGAGCUCUAGAAAGCUACAAAUACAAGAACACAUACGAGGGAGCAGCCUAUCCACCGGGGCUCAAUGUGGAGACUCCGAUCAACAUCUACCGGCUGGGAGUCUGCAGAGAACUGAAUCUUGAGUUCCACGGAACAAAGAACAUGGAAUAUGGAGGCGAUGCCUGGAUAUACAGAAUCAGUAAUGAAACAUUUAACAGGGAUUGUGGCGCAGGGGUCUGUGGGAUGAUGGACCUCUCUAGUUGUACUUACGGUAUUCCUAUAACGAUGUCCAGGACUCACUUCCUCGACACAGACCCGAAGAUAUAUGAGCGCAUCAAGGGCAUCAAUCCAGAUCCUAGUAAACAUGAUAGUCACUUUCUAUUAGAGCCUAACAUUGGGAUAUCGCUCUCUACAUCGCUGUCGCUACAAAUGAAUAUGAACUUGGCUGAUUUGAGGUUUAGUGAUAAAACUGAAAUGUUUUCCGACUUGGUUCUGCCGGUUGCUUAUAUAAAAGUUGUCCAACAAGAUGUUUUUGACACGCUGAACGGAAUUCUGAGAACCAUUCACGUAACGGCGCCGAUCACAUUAAUAUCAAUUGAAGUGACAAUGUUCCUAAUUGCAGUAGCUAUUUUGGCGUAUUCCGGACUAUUGCUGUACAGAAGAAGUAAAUGUAAAGCCAAGAAAAAGGCUUAUGCCAAGUUAAAUUUAAGACAAAACCUACCUUUAAUACAGUGUCAACUUAAAAAGACGUAAUUAAAAAAAUUGUCAUCGUUCAGUCUCGGGGACUUUUUCACGACUUAGACAAUACUUUUAGUAAAUCAGUUUGUCAGUCUGUGUACUCGCGGAAGAUAAAAAGUAAAUUAAGUUUCUUGUUAAGUUUUUCGAAUAGAUUUUCGUUUUUGUGCCAAAUGCAUUACAGUGCAUAUUAUAUUGUAAAUGAUAUUAUUAGGUAGUUAAACAUUAGAACACUCUUUCUGGUUUAAGCGUUAUUUUGUGGUCAUGUGGUUUUUUUGUUCAAUUAUUUCUUCAUCUAUAUGAGGCAGUCAGCGCAAAAGUCUCCUAAGCUUAUCAUAGUUAGUAUGGAGAUAAUGAGGGUGGAAUUUAUUUUUACACUGCUUCGUAGGCAAAAACAUUACGCGCAAAAAUAAUGUUUACAAGGCCAUCUGUUCUUUAUGGGGGAGACUAUGGAUAAUUCGGUUUUGCCUUAAAAUUGAUUAUGUUCUAAAUAUUAUAUAUAAGCGCGAAUAUGAAAAAAUGUGGGUUAGGUCACUUUUGCACUGACGAUCUCAUAUAUCUUCAUGAUGCCGACACUGUCAAUGCCACGAUAAGUAAUAUAAUCUCGCGAUUAUUUUCGUGUACUAGCCCAGACGUGCAGACAGCUCGGCCUGUCCAGUGUUAAGUGUUUACCGGAUUUUAUAGACAGCAGAAUGUGAAUACAGAUCGACCUCUGACCUGUCGAUGUAUGAACACAUAGUUCAGAUGCCUCAGAAGUUGCACCAUGUUCAACGUCCAAGAUCUGUGUUAUGUGGAUCUGUGUUGGAUGUUACACAGAACGCUCAAUUUUUAUUGUGUAGCUGUGCUUAUUUUAAGCGGUCGAAUACUUCUGUCGAGAAUAAUUUUGUUAAUGAGAAUAUUUUGAAUUUUACUAAAAUAUAUUUUUAACAAUUUAAGUUUUAUGAUUGCAUUUAUAUAAUUUUCCUCGUCUGCAUUUUCGGUUUUUUUUUAAUACGAAAAAGACAUCACAUUAGUAAGUAAAAUAUGUUUUGUAGCAAAACUUUAAUUUUAAUAGUUGAAUAAUUGUAUGAUAAAGAUCUCUUAU